GAUAAGAACUGGAAAGUGACGGUAAGAGAAAGAUCGAGCAGGACCUUGAAACCCCAACCCUGCAAAAUUAGAAUCAGCAAAUCUAUACCAAAAACACACAGAAUUUCAGUUAAACGAAGACGAAAAUGUUGUUUCAAGUAGGAGGUCAGGGGACUCGUCCAACUUUCUUCGAGAUGGCUGCUGCACAACAACUUCCGGCCAGUCUGCGGGCCGCUCUCACCUACUCCAUAGGGGUAUUGGCUUUAAGAAGACCACUUCUUCAUAAAGUGUUAGAUUAUGAAGAUGAAUUCUUUGCUUUGCUUAUGCUGGUUCUCGAAACACAUAGCUUGCGGAUAACAGAUGCUUCUUUUUCUGAAUCUCUAUAUGGAUUGCGAAGAAGAGCAGUGAAGAUAAAAGCAAAGAAUUUGAGCUCAGGGGAAGCAAUUGAACUCUCUGGAUUACAGAAGCACCAAAGAGUUCUCUCAGUUGCAUUUCUGGUUGUGUUGCCUUAUUUCAAGUCAAAAUUGCAUUCGAUAUAUAACAAAGAAAGGGAUGCCAGGCUUCAAUCGAGUUUGUGGGGAGAUGAUGCCAUAUUUGAAAAUUUUGACUCUCAUAGAGGGGAGGACCCUCUUGUUUCUAGAGGAACUGCAGAUGAGCAAGCAACAGUUAGAGUACGCUUGGCAAAGAGAAUUCAGAAGAUUAUAUUUGCUUGUUACCCAUGGAUACAUGCUACUAGUGAAGGGUUGUCAUUCACUUAUCAGCUCUUAUAUCUGCUGGAUGCUACUGGGUUCUACUCUCUAGGAUUACAUGCACUAGGGAUUCAUGUUUGUCGAGCAACAGGGCAAGAGUUGAUGGAUACUUCUUCCAGAAUUUCUAAGAUACGAAGCCAUGAACGUGAGAGGCUUCGCGGCCCUCCAUGGUUGAAGAAAUUACAAGGAGCAUUACUGAGCUGUACAUAUACAAUGCUUGACUAUGCACAAACUGGCUUAAUCGCAGCAGUCUUCUUUUUUAAAAUGAUGGAAUGGUGGUACCAAUCUGCUGAGGAAAGAAUGUCAGCUCCGACUGUGUACCCUCCUCCACCACCACCUCCACCUCCUAAGGUAGCCAAAGAGGGGAUUCAAUUGCCACCAGAUAGAACAAUGUGCCCAUUGUGCUCGCAAAAGCGUGCAAACCCUUCUGUAGUUACAGUAUCAGGGUUUGUCUACUGUUAUGCUUGCAUUUUCAAAUACGUAUCACAGUAUAACCGAUGUCCAGUCACAUUGACGCCGGCAACUGUUGACCAGAUAAGGAGGCUCUUCCAUGAUGUGUAGGGACCCCUUGUUUUUUGGUAUGAAGGAUUCAGUAAGCAAGUCACUGUAAAAGAUAAAUGCCAAGUUGCAGAUGAAGCCAUUUGAAGCUUAUCAAAAUAAUUCAAACUUCAAUUUUGAACUCCAAACCCUGAUAAUGUUAAUAGGAUUACCAAGUGGCAUGGUCCCUUUGUCAUAAUACUUGUACCCAUGUAACAGUAGAUGUUUAAAUGAUUUCCUUGUGCGUUAUAGUGCUUUACCCCCCUUUUUGUACAUUAUGGUACCCCGCCAAUUUUGGAUGAAUAAGAUUGGUAUUACAGGAUGCUUUUAUUUUUCUGCAUCA